AUGUUGGUUGGAUAUCUACUAUCGCUGUUACCGGCAGCCAAUGCUCUGGCCGUGUCUAGUAACGGAACAACCGUGUUUGCACAUGACGCGUUAUCAACCUACAGCGGCACGAUGCAAUCUUCAUUCGCCAGCCUACCCCAGGGAGUAUCCGUGCAUAAGACCUAUGCGGAUUUUAACGAGACGGACUGGGCUGAGUGGUGCUAUCAUAUGGCCCAACGCAGCUCUCACACGGAAGAGGUGCAACACAUAUGCGAAACAAAGACACUUCCAGCAGGGCACCUAAAUAAGCGGCAGGGCACCUGCUUUUACAAUCCCCUGAUCAUCAGACGCGCAGUUGUUGGAGCUACCGCGGUGGUCGCAGCUUUAUACGAGUGCCAGACGUUGGCGGACAACUUCGCCAAUAGCUGCUUGGCGCAGCCGGACGACAAUAACAGGGGCAAGUUCCUUCGUGGCUAUGACUGCCUCAAGUACGGCGGCGGGCUCUUAAUCGGCUUCACAACAGCUUCAACAAUCCAAUUUACAGCCGGAAUGUAUGCUGAAACCAUAGGAGCGUGGUCUCAUACCAUUAUGGGAAACUGGUUGGCGCCGCCAGAAGGACAGAACCCUGUUAAGCGUGACUGCGGCUGGCAGUACGAGUACCCUGGUACUGAGGCGAAGCUACGCUUUUACGGAUCUUACGGGUUAAAAGUUUCAUGCGAGGGCCCGUGUAAAGAACCUCAUUACUGGCGAGGUGCGAGAAGCGAUUCCAUCGCAGCCAUGCUCGGCCAACUUGCUUGGGAAGCCGGAUACUAUCCGGAACAGGUGCUUUGGUCUAAAGAUGGAAAUGAUGAGAUGGUGAGUGCAUGUCACUUGACUUUGGAAUCAGAAGGCUUUGGGUCUUGUCCUGAAGUAAAGCGCGGCGACUGCGCAUAG